AUGCGUCAUCAGGACCCCCGCCGCCCGGUUGGAGAAGGAGGAGGAGGAGGAGGAGGGGGAGGAGGAGGGAGAGGGGCGAGUGACGCGGCGAGCGCGGCGCAGCGGAAACAAGACGUGCUGGUGGGAAGGCUGGUGGACAUGGGCUUCUCCAGGCCUCAAGCGGAGGACGCCUUGAUGAAGAGCGGGGGUGACCCGGACUUGGCGGCAGAGCAGCUCAUGACACAGGGGUCUGAUACCACGGCUAGCAACGGCAGAGGAGGCGGCGGCGGCGGCGGUGGGUCGCGAGGCGCCCCCCCUGUCCCUCCCCCCCGUGCACGGACCAACCGUGGCCUCCCCGACAACUUCUCCAGGCAGAGCGGACACCCGGCCACCUCCACCUCCUCGGGAGCGAGCAGGUCAACCCACUUCUUCGGCGGAGGAGGAGGCGGCGGAGGGGCAGCCUCAGCAUCGGCCUCCGACUUCAACUCGAGGAACAGCCAAUCGCCGCCGCAGUCCGCCUCCAUGCGGCGAGGAUUAGAAGAAGGCGGUGGAAGCAACGACGACGGCGGAUUGGCCGACUUUCUGGGGUCCCCGGCUGGCGGUUCGUCAUCGGUGGGGGGCAGCGGUGGCGCCCGGAGAGUCGGGGAUGAGGCCGAUCGAUACGGGCUGUUUCCUUCUUCGACGGGGGGUGCGGCGGCGGGAGGGGGCUCGCGGGUGGCCCAGUCGCGGUCGCGGUACGACGCCCUCUUCGGGGAAGAGGAGACGAAGAGCAACGCCUCUACGAGGAGAAGCGACGGCACCAUCAGAAGGAGAACGGACACAUCUUCGCUCUUUGGAGAGGACGGCACCCGGUAGGACCGAUAAAACACAAACACACCUUUUUUCUCUCGCGACAACGUCGCGGCCUUGCCCGAGCGGGGGACGGUGGAGGAGAGGGGGGCGGGAUCGAGCGACGAGGGUGUAACCGCCAGUCUAUCUCGAGAGUCCCAAGGGGGAGAGAAACCUUGCUGGCUUGCUUGUGACGAGUAGACCGAAACACGAGAGAGCGUUUUUAUGUUUGGCCCGAGUAACUGUGUUGGGUUCAGGCGCUCUUGUUUUGGGCGUGUUGUAAGCGGGCGAGCGACAGACGACGGUUGAUUUUUCGUCGUCUGGCAGCUAUGGGUAUCGUUUUGUUUUCGCUUUUGCUUUUUGGUUUUGCAUCGUGUUUUGGGUCGGAGCAAUCGCGUUGUCCUCUGAUUUUGUGUGGGGUGGGGAAGACUACAGAAGGAAUACUUGGCUCGGCAACUAUCUACCCUAUAUUGGAAGUGGGAGGUUCGUGAGUGUUGUAGGUUGAUGUACCGCGCCGCAGCUCCUUUGUAGUACCGCAGACGUUUGCAUUUGACACGCCGGUAUCGAGCGAUUGACUGCCACUCUUCGUGAUCAGUCACGAGAAACACGCUGGAGGGAGAAGGACAUACAGUUCCAACGAUUGUCCCGCCGAUUUUAGUUGACCGGCCAUAACUUCAUCAAUAUUAACUUUUUUCAUUUUUUUUUUUUUUAGUGUUGAUCUCCGUCGCAAAUGCCACAAGAGUUGUUCGGGGACCAAAUCGAUUUGAGACGUUCCUGAGAAUUCGUGGUUUUCGUAUAGGUUUUUCCAGGCGUUUUUUGGGAGGAGGGGAUGAAACGUUUCGGCCAGUAUCUCGCCAAACGCUGUCAUAAUCAUGUCGUUUUUUUUUUGUUCUUGAUUGCUAACGGCGGGGUUUGACCAGACGAACACGAUGGCGCCCUAAAAAAAUAAAUACAAAGACUUUA